AUGGCUAUCACGCGAUACAACCAGCACCCAGAUACUUUUCUCACCAUGACUGCAAAUCGCAAUUGGCCAGAAAUUACUUCAGCAUUAUUACCACACCAAAAAACUAUUGACCGUCCUGAUUUGAUUGCCCGUGUUUUUGAGCUAAAAAGAAAGUGUUUGAUGAAGGAGAUAGAGACAAACAAAGUGUUCGAUAAAAUUCGAAUAUGUGCUCAAGUAGACAAAUUAGUUUGUGCAGAACUUCCAGAUCCAAAAAAUGAUCCUACAUUUUUUGAAACUGUCAAGUGUUGCAUGGUACAUGGACCAUGUGGUGCUCGAAAUCCCCAAGCACCAUGUAUGGAAAAUGGUAGAUGCACUAAGAAAUACCCUCGAGCCUUUGCAGAAUCAACAACUAUGGACCAAGAUGGAUAUCAAAUCUAUCGUCGUCGCAAUAGUGGUCAAGUAUAUACUGUGAGAGGACAGGAAGUUGAUAAUAGGGAUAUGGUACCAUACAAUGCAUAUCUUUCUAAACGGUUCAACUGUACAUAA